AUGACGCCAAAAUAUCAGGAUUAUCCAUUUUGCCGAAAAGAAUUACAAUAUGCUGGUGAUCUACGAAAGCCAAUUAUUCCAUGUCUAUUAACAUCCGAUUGGUUACAAAGUGAUUGGCUUGGAUUUCUUACAGCCGGUUUAAUUUGGCUCGAUUUUCGUGAUGUAUCUGAUGAUAAUAUAGAACAAAAAUUACAGCGUAUGAUUGAUUUCAUUCAUAUUCUCACGCGAGAUGCAUUUAAAGAAAACAUUGUUACAAUGAUGAUAUCACAAGAACAAAAGAUGAUUCACAUGAUCCUCAUAGGUCGAGCAGGUUCCGGAAAAAGUUCAUUGGGCAAUACGAUUUUAGGUGAGAAACAGUUUGAUCAACAUGUUUCAUCUCAUUCUGCUGUCAAUGAUAAAUGUAAAGUCGGAUUUCGUGAUUUUUCUCGACAACAUGCUAAGCUUAUUGUUAUUGAUACACCUGGUUUUUUUAAGAACGAAAAAGAUAUCGAAGGACCCGUUCGAUCAGCUAUUAACAAUGGAAUUUGUGCAGUAUUACUAACACUAUCCAUCGAGUUUGGUCUUACUAAUCAAGAAGAAAAAAUGAUCGACACAUUGACGGAUAUGUAUGGUGACAAGAUCUUUCGACAUAUAAUUAUUGUUUUUACUGGUUUGGAUAAAAUAGAUGAAGAUCUUUCAACAUUUAUUGAUCAGCAAUGUAGUUCAUCACUGAAAAAAUUUCUUGAACGAUGUGGCAAUCGAUACAUCGCCAUUAAUAAUAAUGCCAAUGCGAUAGAUAAAGAUGUCUUUGUGUCGAAUUUAAUAGAUAUUAUCAUGCAAACGUCUCAUUCGACUAGCCAAGGGUCAGAUUUGUCAACGUUGGUAAACAGUUAUAUGAUUGAAUAG